GCAAUAUUUGGCAAGGACUAGUAUUGGGUGGGGAUAGGGAAUUCGCAACUAUGACAUAUGUACAAAGUAUGGAUAGAAGGAAGAGCCAUACCUCUUGUGGCGGUCAUUGAACUGUCUUCUCCAGGUUCAACAUUUUGACACAGACGUAUUGAAGAUUGACAGUACACAGAUGACAGCCAAUAUUCAAGAUUUUCAAAAUCCUCAUACCAAGCAUGUACAAAUGUAGGUAUGCACGAUGUAAGCCAAAAAUAUACCGUCCGCAAUGACUGCAUCUUACACCGCUGGCAGUGUAUUGUAUAUUGGAAUCGCUUUUUGUAGUGUAUGAAGCUAUAACAAUGUACUUGAUUUUAUAGGCUGAUGACCAGCAUGCUUAGCCCCCGCUUGAAAUGCCGAGAAGCUACGCAUAAUGACUACGACGCCGUCAUAAAAAUGGCUUCCGUAGACACAUUCCGGGACGGUUUCGACUACCUGCCCGCCAAAUUUCACCAAUAUGUGGACGAUCAGGACGUCUAUGUUUUUGUAGCAGAAUCUGAUGGCAAAGUGGUAUCUAAUUGUUACUGUCUUUGUUUUAUGAAACUUGACCGUGGUAUAAGAGUGGUCACUAAUCUCGCUGUGUAUGUGUCCCUGACGACAGAUGACGGCGCGUAUCUACUGAACCACACCCUCCGCAUAGCCCCGGAGCUACAGGGAAAGAAGCUGGUGAAGACCUUUCUGCGCGCUCUCGAUCAGGCACUGCUGCGUCACUAUCCGCAGCUGAAGCGGUGCGAGCGACAUGGCCUGUCCGACACCAGGCGGCCCUACAUGUGGAGCUACAUCCCGAAGACGGAUAUCUGUUUCAUAGAUAUCAUGUACUUCCAAGGCACGUCUAACGCCGUCCUGGAUCAUCUAAAAACCAGCAAAGUCCUCCCAUCUUCUCCCCUCCCCACAGUAGUGCCCUAUCAACCUACCGACCUAAAACGGCUGUCAGGCCCAGGGUUCUCUGACCAGUUUCUCAACGACAAGAUAAUCUGGAUUCCGUACAAACUCAGUGCCCGGAACUUACGGAGGUUUUCAGAUCGGGUCGUCCGUAUUCUCGUCGACACUUGUCAACCCACAGCUAAGAGUUUGAGUUUUGGUGGAGGCUACAUGACACCGAGGGGGAGAUUAUAUCACGUAGAUGUGCACUGUAAAGAUGUAUCUCUGUGUCAGGCUCAUAUCAAGAACCAUGUUGAUAGAGCUUGUCUUGAGUACGAAGGGGUGAUCACAUUCUGUGUCAUGUUGAUCGACCAGUCCCUGAAAAUAACCAGCAAAACUUUCUGCAUGGAAGCAUGGAAGAGUUGGCUUCGAUGUUAA